GGGUUUUAAAGUUUGAACCGUAUCCCCGUUUGGUCUGGCCGUUUGAGGUAUUCAACCUCUUUCUGAGUCCCGAGCUCUGCACUUGAUUCCGCAGCUCUCGUCAUGCUUUCCCGCAUAAAAUUAAAACUGCUUCAGACCUUAAGCCCUCGCCUCCGCCUCGCCGCCAAAGAUUUUCGGACCGAUUCCAGUCCAAACAGGAGGAGGUCUAAGUCGCCAGCAUUUCAAGCUAAAAAGGCGGAUGAGAAAUCGGAGUGGUGGAUAGUUGACGGAGAAAUGCACGAAAUCGGAGAUCACGUGCCUCCACGCGAGCGUUUUGUUAUUCCAAGAGAUAAUAUCCCAAACAAGCGCCGAAAGCAGCUGAGGGAGCAGUUCAUGCGCCGUACCCGCCUCGUUCUCAAGGAGUCGGAGCAUGAGCCUUGGUGCAAAAGAUAUAUGGAACUAUAUCAGGAACUGAGAGAAAAUUGGGAAAGGUUGUACUGGGACGAGGGUUAUUCUAAAAAAAUUGCUCAAGAUCAUGCAAAUUACGAGUCUGCUGAGGAUGAUGAUCAAGAUUUUAACCCAUAUAGGCCUGCCAUGCUCCACUGCUUUCACCACAUCUCUUUGAAAGUCUCUGCCAGAGUGUUGGGUUCACAUGUUAUGGGUUUUGACUGGAAGAGCCUUAGUCAUUUAAAGUUUUGCUUGUAUUGCAGGAGCAGGCAAUCUGAGCAGAUGAAGGAUCAGGGUCCUAGGAGAAACAGACAAGGUGAUACAUGGGAAAAGGUCAGCCAAAUUAGGGACAAAUUUGAAUACGAUAGAGAGAAAAGAAUGAGGGAGAAAGCAUUUGCACCGAUGAACAGAGGAAUGGAACUACCUGACCCGAAUUUCCAGAACCAGCCAUUAGACGCCAGAAGAUACUUUCCUGGUGAAAGGGACUGAAAAGAGGCGUUCCCCUCAAACUUUAAUGCCAAAAGUCGUCCUCAAAACCUUGGGAAGAACCACAAUGGAGAUCUGACAGAAGAAGAGCAUUAGUUUCUUUUUGUUUUUGCUCUUGAAAACUGCGGCCAUCCAUUGAUUGAAUAUUGCCUCGCUAAACAGGAAGCAAAAAGGUCCUCGGUAAUGCAAGGAUGGUGCACCACUUUUAACCUGUCUGUCAUGAGUUGAGUCAGUAGGUCGACUUACUAACGGCCUUGUCAAAAAAUGAAAAUGCUUGUUACAGCUAGUAUAGGAUUUAUUUUAUUCUUGGCACUUAAUCAUAUGCUUGUAAGAUUAAUCUAUCACUUAUAAUUUUAUUCCAAUUCAAUGUGCA